UUUUGGGUUGGCUCGUUGGACACAACACGAGGGCUCUUGUACAGAUGGUCGACUUCGACGAAAGCCCUUGCAGUUAAGUUCAGCUCGAUCGCUGCUGGUGGAGCUCUCUGUCUCGAUCAAAGCCGACGGCGGGCUGAAAGAGAUCUCGUCUGUCCGCUCUCUGAAACGGACCAAGUAUUUUACUGUUGAGAUGAGAAUUGCACAUCAUCAACAACGCCUUCUCGCAUUGCGCUGGAGGGGAAUCGACAGGGGCUUAUCAGCAGCAACAUCAGUGACGCCGGCAACACCUGCAGCAACUUCGAACGCCGGGUGUCGAGCUAUCAACAGCAAAGCUACAGCGGUAGGCUUUGCUCCCCCGCUACGCCCCGCGCGCCCUCGUAGGGUGGGGAUGCAGCCGGGGGCAGGGUCUGCGAUGACUACCACUGCCCCCACCUGUUGCGGAAAUAAACGGCGGUUGACCACAUCAUCGAGGGACUUCCAAGAGGAGGAGGAGAUGAUCCGAGAUACAGUGUCCAAGUUCGCAGCGGACGUGAUCGGGCCGCGAGUCCGGGAUAUGGACACGGAGAGCACCAUGGACCCAGCAGUAGUUUCGGGGUUGUUUGAGCACGGUCUGAUGGGCGUGGAGGCUCCGGAAGAGUUCGGGGGCAGCGGUCUCAACUUCAUGUCGGCGUGCAUCGUUGUGGAGGAGGUCGCCAAGGUCGAUCCGGCUGUUGCGGUCCUUGUGGACAUUCAGAACACCCUCAUCAGUAACAUGCUUAGGUUCUGGGGCAGCAGAGAGCUGCAGGAGAAGUACUUCCCCAAGCUCUGCUCCGGCUCCGUUUCGAGCUUCUGCUUGUCCGAGGUCGGGUCGGGAAGCGACGCCUUCAGCCUCGCCACGAAAGCCACGCUCUCUCCGGACAGAUCCUACUACACCAUAGAGGGAGAAAAGCAAUGGAUCUCUAACGCAGAGCAGGCGGAGCUGUUCUUCGUGUUCGCCAACGUCGACCCUUCGAAGGGGUACAAAGGCAUCACUUGCUUCAUCGUAGAAAAAGGGUUCGGAGGAGUUACCGUAGGGCCGAAGGAGGAAAAGCUCGGGAUUCGUGCUUCGUCCACGUGCCCCGUGACCUUCAGCGGCUGCGAGGUGCCCGCGACGAACGUCCUCGGCGAAGUGGGGCAAGGCUACAGGUACGCGAUCGAGAUCUUGAACGAGGGCCGCAUAGGCAUCGGCGCGCAGAUGGCCGGCCUCGCCGAGGGCUGCCUGUCAGCCACAGUGCCGUACCUCUUCGAGCGGAAGCAGUUCGGCGGCUUCGUCGGGGACUUCCAGGGCAUGCAGCACCAGGUCGCGCAAGCGGCCACGGAGGUCGAGGCUGCCUCGGCCUUGUAUCGGUCAGCGGCACGGAUGAAGGAAGCAGGUCAGCCCUUCGUCAAGGAAGCAGCCAUGUCGAAGCUCUACACGUCGCAGGUGGCUGAGAGGACUGCUUCCAAGUGCGUCGAAUGGCUGGGCGGUGUGGGGUUCACCAAGGCGUUCCUUGCUGAGAAGUUCUACCGAGACUGCAAAAUCGGAGCGAUCUAUGAGGGAACCUCCAACAUCCAGCUGUCGACUAUCGCAAAAAUCCUUCGGAAGGACUACGCACCGUGAUAGCAUACACAGCAGUAUGCUACGUCGUUUUGUUCACCAUGUGUAGGCGACGCAAUGAACCACCCCUGCUGGAACGAUUGAUCGCUUGCCUUUCCGCAAGAGAAAGAAGACGACAAUAUAUCAGUGGAGUACGACAACGCUCUUGUGUUGAAAGGGCAAUUUAGUGCUGUUCAGUGAAAAUGACGAUAUAUCAGUGGAGUACGACAAUGCUCUUGUGUUGACACGACAAUGUAGUGCUGUUCAGUUGAGGUCGUGCGUCGUGGUGAGCUGGACGGGCGUCACGGGGAGUAUCAUCACGUGUUGCUUCAUGAGUUUCCUCCAGCUUCCGCCGAACAAGACCAGGCACGUACUAAAAAGGCGAAUUGUGCGCCAGCCUGCUGGAUGCGCACGUAGCAUUGCCUUCAUGCAGGGAAAAAUAUUGAAUGAUCCAGGGCUCGUCAAUUGUGCGACGUGGGCCGUUUUCGGCAGUGCGCAGCCACAUACCUCUGCCAUCCUUCGUGAACGAAAGAUUGACCAACA